UUCUUCUUCUUCUUCUUCUUGUCUUUUUUUGUCAAUUUUUCAUUUGUUUUUGUUCUUAUAUUAUCACUAGUAAGUACUUAAAAAUAAAAUAUGUGCUAAGUAAAAGCUGAUAACAGAUUUUCCUCUCUCCCGCGUUUCUCUCUCUAUCUUUUCAGGGCUUCCUCAUCGGCAAUGGCGACUUCCAUUUCGCGAUCUUCCAUUUCUCCCUCUCCACAGUAUAUUCGCAGCAGAUCAUCGCCGUCUUAUCCCCGGACUUACUUAAUCCUUCAUUCUCACUCUUGCUGGAAGCGCCUUUGCCGUUCUUCUCGAUGUUUUUCUGUUCUUCAUGGAGGCAGUGGCAAGAAUUUCCGGUUCGUUGAUACGCAGAGUUCCAUGGAAGAUUCUCAUUUCGAAGUUGUAAUCAAAGAUCCAAAUACGUUACCGAGGCCUCUAUCAUCGACUAAAUCCUCUGUCUCCUCUGGAUCUCGUCUUCGUGUUGCCUACCAGGGGGUUCCUGGUGCAUACAGUGAGGCGGCCGCCGGGAAGGCAUAUCCGAAUUGCGAGGCUGUUCCUUGCGAACAAUUUGAUGCUGCUUUUGAAGCUGUUGAGCGAUGGAUUGUAGACAGGGCCGUCUUGCCAAUAGAGAACUCUUUAGGUGGAAGCAUCCACAGAAACUAUGAUCUUCUGCUUCGACAUAGGUUGCACAUAGUUGGUGAGGUAAAAUUUGUAGUUCGUCAUUGUUUACUAGCCAAUCAUGGUGUUAAAAUCGAGGAACUGAAAAGGGUGCUCAGUCAUCCACAGGCUCUUGCUCAGUGUGAAAACACAUUGACAGGGCUAGGAUUGGUGAGAGAAGCAGUGGACGAUACUGCUGGUGCUGCAAAGCAUGUUGCUUUUCACAAGUUGAAAGAUGCAGGAGCUGUUGCUAGCUCAGUGGCUGCUUCAAUAUAUGGCUUGAAUAUACUUGCUGAAGAUAUUCAGGAUGACUCUGACAAUGUAACUCGAUUUCUAAUGCUAGCGAGAGAACCCAUAAUUCCAGGCAUUGAUAGGCCAUUCAAGACAAGUAUAGUUUUCUCACUAGAGGAGGGUCCGGGAAUUCUCUUCAAGGCACUUGCAGUUUUUGCUCUUCGCCAAAUCAACCUUACAAAGAUUGAAAGUCGACCCUUGCGGAACCAGCCCUUACGAUCAUCUGAUGAUAAUGGAUAUGGAUCUUCAAAAUACUUCGACUAUCUUUUCUAUGUGGAUUUUGAAGCAUCAAUGGCUGAUCAAAACGCACAAAAUGCUCUUAGGCAUUUAAAGCAGGAGUUCGCUACAUUUUUGAGAGUGCUAGGAAGCUAUCCAAUGGACACUAGUAUGCCAUGAGAAGUUACAGCAUCCAGAAGACUUGGGCAAUUCAGCAUUAACCUACUGGCUAGUGUAGAUCGUCUUCCUCAGUUCUCAACUUUGAAGAGGGAUCAUCGGUCGGCUUUAAGAUUUAGCUUGUGACUCUAUGGUGGUGUGUCUCUUUUCACAUGAAGAUUCAGCUCAAUAUCCCAUAAAACCAGUAGAUAUUACUUUGUUGUUCAUUCACAAGUUUAGUUUAGUUUAGUUUUGCAAAUUAAUUAUUCAUUUACCCUAUACCGUUUUGUCUAGUGUUUGGAUACCGGAGAGGUUAAGUCAGUUUUGUAGUCAAUUUUGGUUUGCACAUCUUUUGUUAAUUAGUUCAACUCACCUAUGUUGUGUUGCAAAUUUUUUUGUUCAUUUUCUAUCGAACCAUGUAAUUUUAUUUGUUUUAGUAGAAUGAGAUCGGAUUAGAUCUCGGGUUGGGUGGGGAUUGGUUCUUUGUUUGCCCAACUAACUGUGAUUAGGAAGCUAAUGCUUGACUUUAAGGGAUCAGAUUGCAUAGCGAUAUGUUCUGGAAUUAUAUGUACUCUUGUCAUAGUCCUAAUUAUUUGAUCAGUUUGUUUGA